GUUUCAAUGUGUGUCCAUCCUUAUCAAAGUGGCGUGCAAAGUGCAGUUAUAUGAUUUUUUUUAAAUUGUCGGUGCAGUCGAGAUAUGCCUCCAAGUUUCUCUUCGAUUUUGGAUGAAUGUACAGAUCGGCUCAUGAGGGGAGCCAAAGAAAAAGGUGGAAAGUAUAAAUAUGCUGAAGGAGAUUUCAACGAUAAGAGUCGCCUUCAACCGGUGAAGCUCCAACCGUCUUGGGAAGAGAAUAACUUGCCAGAGGACGAGUUGAACUUCAGGAGCUUAACUAUGGAUGAAGCGAGCUUAGCUCUCAAUCAGCCGCCCGAUAAAUUUAAACUUGUAUAUUUGACAUUUCUGAUACAUGGUAUUGGAGUCUUGAUGCCUUGGAACAUGUUCAUCACUGCCAUGGACUAUUUUAUAGGUUAUAAGUUAUCAGAAGGUUAUAUAGGAUUCACGUUCCCUUACAUACCAAAUUUUAUGCAGUAUUUAACAUUCUGCUCACAAAUUCCUAAUGUUGCGUUUAACUGGAUGAAUAUUUUUGUACAAAUCGGAGGUAGCAUGACGACGAGAGUAGUUUGGAGUAUAAUUGCUGGUGUUGUGUUAUUUAUUGUGACAGUUGCUUUAGCCAUGAUUGACACAAGUGGCUUUGCCUACGGGUUUUUUUGGAUAACCAUGAUUACAGUUGUUCUUAUGAAUAUGGCAAACGGAAUCUACCAAAAUACGAUAUACGGUAUGGCCGCUAAACUACCUCCGCAAUACACAGGAGCCGUUGUGCUCGGAAAUAACAUAAGCGGCACCUUCGCAGCAAUUGUAAGCUUGGUCUCCAGCAUGACUACGGACAACAUCAGAAUGGCCGCCAUUUAUUACUUUAUUACGGCCCUGUUCGUGUUGCUUAUAUGCUUUGACACCUACUUUGCCUUACCUCUCAAUAGAUUUUACAGGCAUUUCGAACUGAAGGAUAAAACGCAGCAACAAAAAGCGUCAAAGUCUGGAAUCAAAGAAAAGCCACCCUAUUGGGAAAUUUUUAAGAAAUCAUUUCCUCAAUUGGCCAAUGUAUUUAUGGUGUUUUUCGUUACUUUGGCCGUCUUUCCAGCUGUGUAUGCUGAUGUGAAACCUGUAUCUAAAGAUUUUCCUAUUCAAAAGUAUUUCGCAUCAGUUACGUGUUUUAUCACAUUCAACAUUAUGGCUAUGCUGGGCAGUUUACUACCAAGUCUUGUUAUAUGGCCGGCGCCCAAAUGGUUAUGGAUUCCUGUAGUAUUGCGGUUCGCAUAUAUACCAUUCUUCUUGUUAUGCAACUACCAAGUGGUUGGUGUAGAGCGUGUAAUGCCAGUGCUAAUCAAGAAUGACUGGGCUUAUUGGGUAAUUUCCAGCACAAUGGGAUUCACCAGCGGAUAUUGGAGUUCGUUGGCGAUGAUGUACACACCAAGGCAAGUGGAAGACCGCCACGCCCCGAUGGCAGGCAUGUUCGCAGCAGCCGCCUUGAUCACGGGCAUAUUCACUGGCAUCCUGAUCACGUUCUUGUGGCCAUGGGUCAUCGGCCACGUGGGCUAGCACAAAUGCGUGGUGUAUGACCCCGAUGCCACUGGUGGCCCGCCAGGCGAGUUCGUCAUACGUUUCAGUCUGUGAGACGUACGUCACUGGUACCGCUAGAUGUCGCGGAUGGUCAUAUACCCUUGUUGGAUACUGAAGAUGGGAGGGGUCGAUGUUUUUAUAUGCAAUCAUAGAUCUUCCAUGAGAAGCAGAUAGAGUCAGAUUCACUUUGGAUUUAUAUAUUUUUUGUCCGAGAUUUGUAUUUCUGUGUCCAGGAAAUGAGGUGCGUGUGAGAAAAUUUGUAGGAGUAUGUUGGAGCGACCAGUUAGUAGUAGUGAUACACUUGUGUUUUUGGUCAGUAGGCAACUUGGCCUACAGGAUAGGGUUAUUUCGGGAUUGGACAGUUGAUGGCGAGUAAUGCAAAGACACAUUUAAUUUUGAACGAAAGAGAUAUAAGCGAUAUAGUGUUAGAAAAAGGGCGGAAUAUAUCCCAUUUUUGACCCUGAAAACAGUAUAAAAAUACGAAAUUUUUGAUGUAAACAAAUAUUUGACACAAAUUUGUGACAGGCAACAUCCAGAUUUGCUAAAAGAGUCCUUUUUUGAAUAAAAUCUUGCAAAAAAUCCGAAUCAGAAUUGUUCCCAUCAGAUGCGAAGAUAUUGACCGGACUAUUUUCAUAUUUUUAAAUAUGAACAUAUUUGUUUGGAGAUAUUUAGGAACAAUGGCAACAUCAAAAUUCUCGUUUCUUCAUAUUGUUUUUCUGGGUCGAAAUACUGUAGCGCUCAUAAGUCGAAAACUAUCAACUUUAGAUAAAAGUUCUAAAUUACCUGUUUUGUUCAGAAUGUUCCAAAAACCUAAACACGCGUUGUCAGAGAGAAAAAAACUAUUUUUCGGAUUUGAUUAAAAGAUAUUCUUAAACAAAUAUUUAACACAAAUUUGUGGCAGGCAACAUCCAGAUUUGUUGAAACAGUCUGUUUUUGAAUAAAACCCUUCAAAGAAUCCGAAUCAGAAUUUAUUUCUCAGCAGAUGUGAAGAUAUUAACCGGACUAUUUUUAUAUUUUUGAAUACGAACAUAUUUGUUUGGAGAUAUUUAGGAACAAUGGCGAUUAUUAAAAUUCGCGUGUCUUCAUAUUGUUUUUCGCGCUUUUAUCUCGAAAACUUUAGAUGAAAGUUCUAAAUUACCUUUUUUGUUCAGAAUGUCCCAAAAACCUAAACACGCGAGAGAGAGAAAAGAUAUUCUCAAACAAAUAUUUGACACAAAUUUGCGGCACGCAACAUCCAGAUUUGUUAAAAUCGUCCUUUUUUUAGUAAAACCUUGCAAAAAAUCCGAAUCAGAAUUUUUUCCCAUUAGAUUUCAAGAUAUUAGCCGGACUAUCUUUAUAUUUUUAAAUACAAACAUAUUUGUUUGAAGAUAUUUAGGAACUAUGGCAACAUCAAAAUUCUCGUUUCUUGAUAUUGUUAUUCGAUGUCGAAAUACUUGUAUCUCGAAAACUAUCAACUUUAAGUUCUAAAUUACCUGUUCUGUUCAGAAUGUCCCAAAAACCUAAACACGCGUUACCAGAGAUGAAAACUAUUUUUUGGGAUCUGAUUAAAAGAUAUUCUUAAACAAAUAUUUGACAAAUUUGUGGAAGGCAACAUCCAGAUUUGUUAAAAGAGUUCUUUUUUGGAUAAAUCCAAAUCAGAAUUUUUUUCCAUCAGAUGCUGAGAUAUUGCCCUUGACUAUUUUUAUAUUUUUAAAUACGAACUUAUUUGCCCAGUAGAUUUUUUUAUUGUUGUAUAGACCUAUCAAGAGCCACAAUGUAUCAACCAAUUAAUAGUAGCUUGGAUUAUUUAUUUUACUCGGCUUUUGCUGUCCAAAAAGAAAGCUCUAUUUCUAGUACAUUGACAUGCAUCGUGCAUGCAAAAUCUCGGUUUUAUUAUAAUUCGUAUGACGCAAUACUCUCUGGACGAGUUCUCUAUUACGCAGAACUAGAUCUCACCUCAGAUAUCAUAUUUGAACCACGAUACAUUAAAUAGUUUCUAAAAUGUUGAUGAAAAAAUAUCUUGAUCUUGGUCCCCAUUUUUUGCCUGGAGGAUCAAUAGGUUUCUUUGAUUGGUUUUCUAUAGAUAAAACCAUGUUGUAUACACAAAAACAAACGAAGAAACCGGUUGAUCCUUCAUAUAUAUAAAACCAAUACAGAGAGGCCUAUUGGUCCAACUGACAGACUACCAUUUAAAGGGCAUAUAAAAAAAGUAUUAACUUCAAAACGAGUCAAAAUAACCACAGCCUGGCAAAGACAAAAAAAUAGUCUGGAAAAAAAAGCUUUUACAAAAAAAAAAUCUCAUUGAGCACUGACUUUGGCGGUUAUUAAAGGAAUUUUAUUUUAUGAUCAAACCUAUUUUUUACUAAAUUUUGCGCCAUUCUGAAGUACUUGUUUAUCUUUAUGUGGGCACUAUUACUAAUGGGAAAUAUGUCACCUCAAAACUACCUAUAAACUAUAUCGAGAGUGAAUCUACUGAAUAGAUCAUGUAAUGAUUUUUCUUUUAUCAUGGAACCCCUUCAUUUUAUGCAUACCAUGACCGACUGAAUUAAAAUAUUCGUUUUUCUAGUUUUAGUAUUUCUGAGUACUGUGGAUGUAGAAAAUUUUGUUUCAGAACUUGAACAUGAACAUGAAUACUAAUACAAUAAUGCUUUGGAAAAUCUGAUAAAAUCUCGAACAUUAAUGAUUAAAAAAAUGGCGUAUGAGUCAAUAAUUUCCUACAUCAUAGUACUCUGUGUUUUUAUUCUAGUUUAAUAACCAAUAAUAGAUACUGUUUUAUAUGAUCGAAUUAAUAAAUUGUUUUUAUAUUUUGUGUUUGUACCAAAAACGUCUGUUAUUCAGUCGAUUGUUAUAGUUCUUAUUUCAUGAUUAUACUCUUAUAAACAAAUAAAUAUAAUGGAAUUUCAACAACUUGGGAGCAUUUAAAACUUGAAACUUAGUAAGUAAAACUUUUAUCAGGGUCAUAGUUAUACAGAACAUCUCAUAACAUUAAUCCCACUUAUAUCUUUUAAGACAUUAUGAAAAAAAAUUAUAAAACAAUAAUGUAAUCAAGUGGCUAUGAAAAUAGUAAGUUGGAAAGUAGCUGAAAUUUUGGAAGAGGUAUGUGAAUCUCUGCGUUAUAAGUGCGUUUGGAUGUUAUACAGAGUGAUUCAGAAAACAAUACAAGAGGGUCAUAUAAAUAUGGGUUCUCAAAUGCCUCCUCAUGAGGUGUUCAUGUUAUAAUUUAGAAAUCGAAAAAAUAUAUCUUCGGUGUUAAAAUUUUGCACAUGUAGUACUAACAGCAUAGUCGUUACAUAAAAAAAUCUUGUCUGAGCCUACACUAGGGGGAUAGAAAUGUGACCCCUACAGAAAAAUGGUUUGAAUAUUUGAUGAAAAUUACACUAUAGUCUAAUUUGAGCCAUAUAGAUGGUUGUCCUUAUUCAGUCUCGUCAGUGGCGUAGAAAUUUACAAGACCCUGUAUUUUAGGAACAAGACAAUUUAGUACAUAUGUUUAUAGGGAAUUUGUUAUUUUUGGAUGUGUGUUCUGUCCUAGAGAGAUUGUCAUUGUUUUUUUUUUUUGGAUCAUCCUAUAUAACUUGCCACUAAACACUAUUCAAUGUAAAUGACAAGACUGAUAAGUGGGAUCGAAGGUUGUGGAAACGACAGAGUGUAAGAAGGUAUUGGAUAAAAUUAAAAUAUAUUUUUAGUCUCAAAACACCUCUCAAAAUUGCUGGCAAAAUGUUAUGAGCAAUGGUUUUGGGCAUUAUUUGAAAAGGAGUGGCAAAUAAGGUAAACACGUACGUAUGUUUAACCGAUUUUAAUCAUUUUUGGCAUAUAUGUUCAGUGAAGCUUCAGCUUGAUUCGUCAACUGACCGCAGAAGCUGGCUCAAUAAUGUGUUGAGGAUCCACGAUUUCUUAUACACUCAUUGACACGUCUGGGCAUCGUGCUGAUAAGGUGGUCGAUAUCCUAUUGGGGUAUCUCAUUGCAGGCAACUGCAACUUCGUGAGUAAGAGCUGCUAAAGUAUGUGGAGGGUGUUGCACAUUCAAGAGCCUGCGACCUAUCAUGUCCCAGACAUGUUCAGUUGGGGAUAGGUCAGGCGAUCGUGGUGGCCAAGGUAAACGGUUGAUGCGAUGUUGAUCCAUGAAGGCUAACGAUGCUCUGGCAACAUGCGGUCUGGCAUUGCGGUUGUAUAUAAUAAGAUGAGGCUCCACUACUUCCUGAAUAUAGCGCCGGGCUUCAUAUUGCCUCUGAUGAAAAUUGGUGGAGGUGUUCUACCAUCAGCAAUAACACCCCCAUACCAUAACUCCCACGGUGUGGUGAACGUGACGCUCUUUGUCAAAUUGUGGGCCACGUCUUUCACCACAUCGUCUUCUCACUCUUUCCCGGCCAUGGUGCAUCCCCAGACAGAAGCGGGAUUCGUCACUGAUUCUAUUCCCGAUCCCAUAGAAUUCUUUCUUCACGAGUAUUACUGAAUCUGUCUCUAACUCUCAAGUCUUCACCGGCGGUCUUGUCGCUCUGGGACGUUCAGAACCCCUGGCUCCACGCUCGUUUACACUGCAGAAUACUGCGUAAGGAUAUGUUGGUACUCCUAGAAACUUCCAUUAUCGAUAGACCGGCUUCACGCCGACAAAUCGACCCCUCUCAAAGUCACUUAUCUGGGACACCCGGCAAAUUCCACGCAGUCUAGGCAUUUUGAGCAAUCACAAAAAGACUUCUCAAUAAACUGCACGAAAUUUAACACUUAACUGACACCGUAAAUGUACGAAAACUGAAUUCUUUAUCAGCAAACAAUGCACGCAGCCACCACAAAAACUUAACAGAAAAACUUGACCAUUUUGUCACUUGUUUACCUUUUAUUGCCACUCAGAAUAUGUUAUGUUUUGAGGAUAUCAUGAUGGUUACGAAGAUACACUGAGAAAAAAUUGGACUAAACGCUACAACGAUUCACAAAAUGAUGAAAAUCUGCUAUACUUAUCAAUGAAAUAACAAGCAAAUUGUCUUCUUUUAAUUGGGCAUCUACUGAUGAAAAUGUUUUUCUUUCUAAUCUCGAUUGGAAAUCAUGAUUUUCCGCAUAGUAUCUUCGUUAUCAUAAGGGAACAUCUACUAAUGAGUUGUACUGUAUAUAGUGUAGUUCAUCAUAGCUAUAAUGUAUGGAACAUAACGAUAAGCUUUAUCAUUACAAAACUACUCAUAUACUGACAAUCACCAAGAUUUGAUUGUGGAACUACAGUAAAACAAGUUUUACUUUCCCUGUCCAUUAUAAGUUGCUUUUCUCUUAUUUAUUUCUAGGGUAAUGAAUUGAUAAAACAGAGUAAAAUCCUAUAACUUGCAAGUAGAUAGAAUAAUAUGAAUUCUAGUGGAUAGCUGAGUACAAAAAAUUCUGUACAGAUUAUUGUUGAGCUUAUAGGCCCAGUAAAUUUUUUGUCUUCACAUUUGUCCACUAUGCUAGUGAUAAGGAAAAUGUAUGUAACAGGACUGUAUAAAUAUAGAGGGAAAACAAAAAUUACAUUUUUAUAAAGUAUAUAUACACAUUUAUUACUGUUAAAUCUAAAACUUGUAACCCUUGAAUGACUGUUUGAUGCGUUUUAGGUCGGAUGGCAGCUGAAAAAAGCAUGCCAAAAAUAAUUUUAUUUGAGAUCCGAAAAUACUACUUUUGUCGGCGAACCAGCCGUUUAUUAACAAGUUUUUGAUUUUGUCCAAUUUUACUUGAUCAUUUCUGGAAGUGCAUACAACUCUGGUAGACACAACCUGAAAUGUGUAUAUUUACGUUCUUGCACAAAUAAAUGACUGAUUAUUAUAGUAUAUAAUGUUAGACUCUUCAUAGCAGAGUACAUAUUCAUUUUAAGACAAUUUUAUAAUUUGUUGCUUUCAUAUAUUCGAAAGUGAAAGACCCUAUACUUUCUGUUAAUGCUUUAGAUACACCUGAAUGUAUAGAGUACCACGAUCUAUACCAUUA